AUGGUAGUUGUUUAUUUUGAAAAACAAGUUGGCUCAUUGUGUGCACAGCAUUGCCUUAAUGCAUUGUUACAAGGUAGUUAUUUCACAGCUGUUGAAUUGGCAAAUUUAGCACAUCAAUUGGAUGAAGAAGAGAGAGAUGUGAUGAUGCAAGCCGGUGUCGACUCUGCAGAGUUUAUUAAAUUUGCUGCUGAAGGCAGUAGUAAUGUAGCAGACGAUGGUUUCUAUUCAAUUCAAGUGUUGGAGAGAGCUCUCACUCAAUUUGGUUUAUCUUGUACUUCUAUAAAUAAUUCUGAAAAUAAGGAUGUUGUUGCUAAUCCAUUAAAAGAGGAUGGAUUUAUUUGUAAUCUAUCAGAACAUUGGUUUACACUUCGAAAGAUUCAAGGUAGUUGGUUUGAUUUAAAUUCCAUCAAGAAACCUACAUUCUUGUCAGACUUUUAUGUCAGUCUCUACUUGGAGACACUCAGACAACAGGGUUGGAAUAUUUUUGUGGUCAGAGGAAACUAUCCACAAGUCGUACCCUAUUCACAAGCAGAGGAUGGAAAAUGGAUUGAUGUAGAUCCAUCUGUACAAGCUGCAAAUCAAAGUUCAUCAAGACCAACAAACAACAACAGAGGAGGAGGUAACUUUGAUCCAGAAUUGGAAGCUGCUUUAAAGCUAAGUUUACAAUAUUCAGAUGAAAAUGAAACAUAUAAACCAAAAGGAUCACAAAAAAAUGAUCCAUUUUAUGUAGAGGAUGAUGAUGAUGAAUUGAUGAAAGUAAUGGAACUUAGUAGACAGGAGGAAAAAUCAAGACAAGAAAGAGAACAAAGAGAAACAGAGGAAAAACGUAAACUACAACAACAACAACAAGCGGCAGAACCUCCAAAGAAUAGUAAUUAUAAAAAUUGGGGAGGUGGAUAUAGUGGAUAUAAAAUUGAAAUCAAUGAUGGUACUCCAACAUCUACAACACCAAGUUCAAUUACAUCACCUACAACUGAAUCCAUUAAUAAUAAUAGUAAUAGUAAUACUACAACAACUACAACAACUACAACUUCAACUGGUACUGGUUCAAUACAAAUUCCAAUUUCACAAGAUGAUGGUGAUGAUGAAGAUGUUGAAAUGGAUGAUGAUUUGAGAGCAGCCAUUGAAUUUAGUUUACAAAAUAAUUAA